AUGCUCUCCAGAUACUCUCGGAAGCUGCAAGGGCAGCGUGUGUUGGUCCUCGGAGGUACCUCCGGCAUUGGAUUUUGCGUGGCUCAAGGCGCUCUCGAGCAAGGCGCUGUGGUCAUCAUCUCCGGAUCUAAGCAAGACAAAAUCGACAGUAAGAUGAGAGAGCUCGAGGCGUCCUAUCCGGAAGCACAAGGCCGCAUCCUUGGCAAAGCAUGCGAUCUUGCCAACCUGCAGAGCCAGGAAGGCAACCUCGUCGCCCUGUUAGACUUCGCUACCGAGAACAAGACCAAAAAGCUCGACCACAUCGCAUAUACCGCUGGCACGGGCGUGUUUAAUCCUGCAUUCUCUGACCUCACUGUCGAGAUGGUCUGCGACGCGCAACGCAUGCGUGUCUUUGCACCGUUGAUGCUGAUGAAGCACGCCGAGACCUACUUGAACAAGUCUCCAGCAUCAUCGCUGACCUUUACCAGCGGCGAGGGUACAUACCGACCACAACCAGGUUGGACGUUGAUGAUCAUGAUUGGCGGAAUGUUUGAUGGCUUAGUACGCUCCGGGGCGGUGAACCUUGCCCCGAUCCGCGUCAACUGCGUUGCUCCUGGUGCAGUCAUGACUGAGCUCUGGGGCGGCGGCCAGAUGCCAUCGGAGGAGCAAGCAAAAUUGGUCGCGGAUCGUGUGGGGCCGAAAACGUUGACUGGGCAGAUCGGGAUGCCAGAAGAUGUUGCUGAGGCGUACCUUUACUUCAUGAAAGAUCGCAACGCGACGGGCAGGGUGCACGUGAGCGAAGGUGGGAGUCUGUUGAAGUAG